AUGCUUGAAUUUGAAGAUCGCAAGAGACAGCUUCAGUUUGACUUUGAGCUCUGGUACACCAGCGAGUUUUGUCUGCGUGGGAGCACAUUAUUGCGCUUGCAAGAAUCGAGCACCAGUGAAAAGGACCCGCUCCGCAAGUCCAUUGGGUAUGACAUUGACUUUGACAGCAUUCGAGAUCGUCUCGUUAUGAACACCUACUGGGUUGGGAAGUUGCUCUUAUUUAUGGAAUGGGAAAUGGUGCAUUUGAAAAUACAUGAGAAGUUUGUCAACUUUCCCAGCAAACUGCGAGCGAAACAUGCAGAGGACCUUGCGGAAGCGUCAGUCUUGGCGGAUCACAUAUGCGUAGCAGUUCGACAGCUAGUCGACGAGGAGCAAGCCAUCGUUGGCUUGUCAUCUGUUGUGAUGCCUUUGUGGGCGGCACAUAUUUCUUUCUGUCGGCAUGGUGUGGUGCAUCGGGUGUAA